AUGCCCUUGCCUCUCAACUCGGCCAAAUCGGUCGAUUUGCAAUCAAGAACAAAAAUUCAAGGCCCAUUUGAAUCACUAUGUGCUAUUAUUUGGCAAUCAAGUUAUAGAAUUAGAGAUGGGCUCGAGCCCAAAGUUGUGGCCAUUUGUAAAAAGAGUGAAGAAAAGAAAGAAUACCUUGUAGGAAACAAUCAAGUCAUUGGUGUGGUAAAGGUUGAUCAUUCAAUUAGAGAAGCUAAUCCUAGUGAUUUAGCAAGGUUAAUUAAAAAUGAGAUCAUUGACGAGCAAUUAAAGAUCGAUGAAGCCAUCGAGAAAGAUCAUGAACUAUUGGACGUGGUUGUUUAUGGAGCAAAUUUGACUUUCGUGAACAUGGAAGGUGCUGAUCUCUAUGGAUUCGACUGGAAGGGACACAAACCAACGAAUGUAAGUUACUUUAUCGAUGGAGUUGGCGAUGCAGGGACUGCUGUGGUGCUUCCGACCAGGCCCAAUGAUUCUAGCAAGUAUGGUGAUAAAGGAAGGAUUGUGUGA